UUCACCGCAAGUUGGUGUGGACAACCUUCUCGCUCGACCUAUUUUCCACUCGCGCUUACGAAAAACUUCAAAUGAACAUACCCUAAGUAAUGGCCGUCCUUCCGAAGGCACAAAUUGGUAUAAACAAACGGUCACAGGUCACACCUUCUUCCGGACUCCACCCAACACCCUUCGUCAAUUCAGAGCGGCUUGCCGUCGUUCGCUUAAUAGACAGUGCGAAACUCGAAACCCCAUCUGAACCAUUUUAUCUAGCGGUUCGGACAACAUUUGGACAACCGAAUUGUGCCUGCCACUGUUAGAAAACACUAUAAAUUUGGAGACUCCCGCCAACUGAAUUCAACCUCCUGGGACUUCUUCUCCAACCCGUUCCCAAGCUUCCCUCAUGAAGAUUGUGCCUACAUUGCUAGGGUUUUCUGCGGUACUUGGGUCCUCUUUCCAAACCGUCUACGGGGCCGCUACCCAGGAGCAAUGGAAGCGUCUCGGAGAAUCGCUUCAAGGCCGGUUACACCCUGCUACGCCACUAUCCGCACCCUGUUUCUCCGUCGUGAAUGGGAAGCAGGUUCCGCGUAACGAGUCGGCGUGCAGAGAGGUUCAGCAAGGUUACACAAAUCCUGAUUUUCGUUUUCCCAGAGCGAAUGCUCGCAUGAUCCUACAAUGGGAAACAUGCAUGAGAACCUCGGAGGGUUGUUUACUUGAUUCGCUCAACCCCGACAACUCAGCUGCAUGGGUGGGAAAGGACUGUAAACAGGGAAGCAUACCACCGUACUUUAUUGAGGUCGCUGGUCCGGAAGACGUACAGAAAGCCUUCGAUUUCGCAAAAAAGACUGGAACGUACUUGUCUAUAAAAGCUUCUGGUCAUGAUUAUAAAGGUCGUUCCAGUUUGCCAGGAUCCCUCUCUCUCUGGACUGCAAAUUUGAAAUCCAUGUCGUACUCGAAAACAUUCACUCCUGAAGGCGGCAAUAAGACUCAUGCAGCUGUAACACUUGGGGCUGGUGCGACUACUGAGGAUAUCUACAAGUUCGCGGACGAGAACAAGUUCACGUUUGUUGGAGGAUACGCUCAAACUAUUGCUGCCAGCGGCGGCUGGGUUGCGGGUGGAGGCCACAGCGUUCUUUCUCCUGUCUAUGGCUUAGGUGUUGACCGUGUUUUGGAAUUCAAGGUUGUGACUCCCGAUGGCAAAUACCGAACUGCCAAUGAGUUUCAGAACCAAGACCUCUUCUGGGCAUUGCGUGGGGGAGGAGGUGGUACAUUUGGUGUCGUCCUUGAAUCAACAAUGUUGGUGGAGCCGGUGAUGAGCCUUAGGGUGGCAUCGAUUUCUGUUCCUCAAAACCCAGACAAUGCCCACCAGUUCCUUAGUCUGAUCAUCAACGAAACAUACAAAUGGAAUCAAGAGGGUUGGGGUGGACACAUGACUAGCGUCUCACUCAUCAAUGUCAACCCGCUUUUAACUCUGAAAGAAGCCCAGAAGUCGAUGAAGCCUAUUACGGACUUCGCACUCGUCAAUAAUGGAACGUCGGUGGUCGAGGAACUACCAUCAUGGCAGGCGUUUUUUACAAAAUAUGUUCUAUCAGCUCAAGCGGUUAUUGGUCAACCCACGAUUAUGGGCUCGCGGUUGAUGCCUACCGAGUUGUUCAAGACCGACCAAGGGAGAGCCCAACUUCUCAACAUCACGUUUACCGAGCUUACGCAGUACAAGACCGACCCGUAUAUCAUUCUCGGUAUGCCUACCGUGUAUAAAUACACCGAGGGGUCCACGAGUAUCACUCCUGCAUGGAGAAAGGCGUCCUUUCAGCUCGGAGGUAGUGUGAGGUAUAGUUGGAACUCGACUGUUAGCGAUAUUGUACAGAUCUAUCGGGAAGUCACUGAGCGGACGCAGCUUGCGAGGGCUAUCGCGCCCCAUUCUGGGGCUUACUUUAACGAAGGCGAUUUAUACGAACCAAAUCAUGAGGUGGCCUUCUGGGGCGAUAACUAUCCCAGGUUGUUGAAGAUCAAGAAAAAGUAUGACCCGGAAGGAAUAUUGGACUGCUGGCAGUGCGUGGGAUCUAGGGGCUUGACCGACCCGCGCUUCUCGUGCUAUUUACCACUGCUUUAGUAGUCGAUAAGUGUAGUAACUCAUGCAUGAUAUCACAUGGGCUUCACGUGAGAUGCUGAAUGCAAAAAGAGAUCGAUCCAGAUAGUCGGAGAUAACCCACACCUCCAAUUACCCAA